AUGGCGACUUGGCGGUUAAGUUCGUGGGCUCGCACCCUUUCUGCAAUUCGAGGCGUCGAGGCUGCCCACCAUCGGUGGAAAUCCAGCUUCACCAGGGCUGUGAUCACCGGGUCCUCUGUGGCCGGAAAGAAGAAGAAGAGAGAACUGACAGUGCACUGGAUGGAGGACCCAGAGCCGGUGGAUGAAAACGUGUAUUCGAAGAACUCAGACUUCCAUGGCUACGACGAGGACCCCGUGGUGGAUGUCUGGAAUAUGCACGUCGUUUUCUUCUUUGGUUUUUCCAUCGUCCUGGUCUUCGGCACCACCUUUGCGGCUUAUGUGCCUGACUACAGGAUGGUCGAGUGGGCCCGCCAGGAAGCUGAGAUGCUGGUGAAACACCGAGAAGCCAGUGGCCUCCCCAUCAUGGAAUCCAACCGUUUUGACCUCAGCAAGAUCCAGCUGCCGGAGGACCACUGAGGGCGCGUAGGUAGCCCUACCUCGCCCACUCCCUGCCUUUUUUACUGUUCA